CAUUUUUAUUUAUUUAUUAAUCGUGUAGUGUUUUUUUUUCACUCUAAUCUAAUUAAAGUAAAUCAAAGCUAAAACCUUUGACAUUACCGAAGAGUAUUAACAUUCAACACCCAAUAGAUCAAACCUACUCUGGUGAGGUCAGGCCAUGAUUAUCUUCUUCUUUGACGAUCUAAAUUCGUAAACCCUAAUCCUCAAAUGAUGUUGACUCUCUACGACCAAGAAACCUCGCCGGACCGCUCCAGCCGGUGUGAGACGCCGGAGACUGUCGUGAGAGACAUCCACGCGCUUACUCCAGCUUCUACGACGGUGUUGCCUCCACCGCCUGCCUUGAGAGGCUAUUUUUCUCCGACGAGGUCAACGACGACCAUGAGCGAAGGAGCUUCCUCCGGCGAAAACUUCACAACCAUAAGCAGAGAGUUCAACGCUCUAGUCAUCGCCGGCUCCUCCAUGGGAAACAACAACGAACCAACGGCGCGUGACGCCACGCAACCUGACGACUUGAUGACUAGGAUCCACGAGGAGAGGGAUGAAGAGGAGACGAACCCUUUGGCAAUCGUGCCGGACCAGUAUCCGGGUUCGGGUUUGGAUCAGGGAAGUGGAAAUGGGUCGGGUGAAGUUCAGGGUCGGUUUCCGAUAUCGUCGGUACAAAGGGUGAAGAAGCAAGAGGUGGAAGCGAAGAUAGCGGCGUGGCAGACGGCAAAACUGGCUAAGAUCAAUAACCGGUUUAAAAGAGAAGACGCCGUUAUUAACGGUUGUGUUGACGAGCAAGUCCACAAGGCCACUUCUUGGAUGAAGAAAAUCGAGAGGAAGCUAGAGGAGAGAAAAGCGAAAGCGAUGGAGAAAACGCAGAACGAAGUGGCCAAAGCGCAGAGGAAAGCGGAGGAGAGGAGAGCGACGGCAGAGGCGAAGAGAGGGACAGAGGUUGCAAAAGUUGUCGAAGCUGCUAAUCUCAUGAGAGCCGUUGGUCGUCCUCCUGCCAAACGCUCUUUCUUCUCCUUCUCCUAGUUUUUAGUUUAUAUUGUAUGUUAAUCAAACAAAAAUUAAAUAUUCUCAUUAUUGCAUAUAUUGUUGCUAAUAGUGGGAGCGUGGGACUCUUUUUUGGAAUUAUUGUAUAUGUACACAUAUAUAUAUGAUCGUUAAAAUACUGCUGUGUGGUUUUGCAUCUUUUUUUUACACCAUAGAUACAAUAAAUGAUUUGAACAAAAA